AUGUCGACGGAUGAGAGCCAAAACUCUGUGGACCCCUCGUCCGACAUUGAAGAGGACAUUGAAGAGGGAAGAGGCGCGUACCAAGUCGGUGGUUUCCACCCUGUAUAUGUGGGCGAUUUAUACCAUAGAAGAUACGAAGUGCUGACGGAUGAAAAGAAGUUCCGAGCCCUCAAGGUCUUGAGCGCUGAGUGUUAUGAUCAAGGCACAGACACUUACGAGAGAGAAAUCCUGAGACAUCUUCGAAAUGGGAGCCAAGAUGAAGCAGGCUACCCCUAUGUCUGCCAUCUCAUUGACGAUUUCGAACACAAGGGCCCAAAUGGAACACACGUCUGCUUAGUCUUCGAGCUUAUGGGGGAGACGCUGGCGAGUUUUGGUGUCUGGCUAGAAAAUCAGAGAAUUCCGUACAUAUUGUUGCGCAAAUUCACACUCCAGUUGAUCUGUGCACUGGAUUUCGCGCACGGCUGUAAUGUCAUUCACACAGACCUUAAACCGGACAACAUCUUCGUCAAGUUCAGAGACUUCUCGCUCAUCGAGGAAGACUAUUUGAGCAAGGACUUCUACGGCUUCGAUGUCGUCCUCGGGGACUGGGGUGUGUCGAGCUGGGCCGACAGGCACCUGACCGAGUGGAUCCAGCCCGUGAAGCUGCGCGCCCCAGAAGUCCUGAUCCAGGCGCCCUGGGACGCCAAGGCCGACGUGUGGAACCUCGGUGCAAUAAUCCUGGAGUUGUACCGCAACGUGCGCAUGUUCUCGGGGCGGGUCGCGCCCGACGGCCGCUACGAUGUCCGGCAGCACCUGGCGGAGAUCGUGGACUUCUUCGGGCCCUUCCCGCAGGAGCUGUUGCAGAGGGGAAGCCAGAGGCUCGUGAAGGAGUUCUUCGACGAUGAGGGCAGGGUCAAGGGCGCCCAGCCGGUGAAACGGCCUGGGCUGUCUUCGGAGUAUUUCACUCCGGGCAGUAAUCAGCUUCCGGACACAAUUUUAACCCUCUAA